AUGAACCGAGGACAAAGUACCAGAAAAUCCAGUGAAAUGUUGAGGAAACCAAAUGGGAACGAACAGGUUGACACAUAUUUGAUGAAAAUCAAAGAGAUGAAACAAAAUGAGGAGGAUGAGGAGGAAGAAUAUCACCACCUCUGCAACCUAAGUGGAAACGUCCGCAGAAGAAAUCCCAUCAACUGCAAACAUUGUAUGCAAAUUGAGAAAAGAGGGAAAGUGAAAAAAUACAAGGCCGCGAAGAAAAAAAUUAACAUGUUUUUAAAAAGCUACAAACUGAAAAGAUCUAAACAACGAAAGGGUAAUAACUCCCAGUCUGAAAUUAUGUUACUUCAAAAAAAAAAAAAAAAAAAAAAAAAAUUAAGAAAGUCAAAAAAGAUAAGACAUGAUUAUUUAACCAUUUUAAAUUUAGAAAAAGAAUAUCUAGACAAAUAUAAAGAAGAGGAAAUAUUUAGAGAAACCUUCAAACUUUACAACUCCAAUGAAUUGGCUAAAGAUUCUUCCUAUGCACUCUUUUUCUUCCGCCUUUUUGUCAAGGGUUCUUAUUUGAACAACGAAAGUCUUCAUAGUGCCCUCACUAAGGAUAAUAAGAGCCGUUGCCAAACGUCCAAUAUCCCAAAUUCAACCAACAAUGAUGUAGAUUUAGAUGUGGUUAAUCCAGAUGCAGAUGCGGCUAGCCCAGAUACAAACGCCUCUUCUUCAGAAACACAUACGGCCCAUGUAGACACCGGAAGAGCGAAUCUCAAGGGACACACACAAACAAUAUCAAACAGCCCGAACAGCGUCAAACAUUCAGUGAUGUUCAUGAAUGGAAAACACACGAGAAUGCUAAUGUGUGAUUACCUCAAAAUAUUGUUGAAUAAUAUACAAAACGAAAAAAACAUAAGUGCAAAUUUUCUUAUUUUAGAAUAUGCCAAACUGAAUGAUAAAAAAGAACAUAACAACUUCAUCCAAUUCUUAACAUCAGACAACAUUAAAGGAGAUAGGAAAAAUCAAUCCAUAUUAUCAUACAGCAUAAAUUCGAUUAAGGGAAUAAAUAACACUGGUGUUCCAAAUCAGGAUCAACAAAUCGAAAUCACACAAGAUCAUACUGCCAAUAAUGUAUCAAAUGUAAGCAGCAUACAUAGAUGUAACGGGAAUAUCAAUAAUUCCACAGAUUUAUCCACAAAUGAUGAUACAACAAGCCCUAGUAAAUUAAAUCCAGCUGCUGAUCCAAUAAGAAGUAAUAGCAUAGAAAGAACGAAUAACACACAACAAGAAUACACUCCGAGAGAAGAGAAAACCCCUUUGCAAAACAUCCCAUAUAAUAACAGCUGCAUCCAAAUGAAUGAAAUUAUUUUUAAUAAAAUAUUAAACAAUUUUGUUAGCGAAUUAAAGAGUUUCUUUUUCUCCAUUAUUGCUAAAGUACAAACAAACGAAGUAGUAGCAGAAUUGAUUGUGCAAUUCACAGAAAUUUGUCUCAUAUUAACACCGUACUAUGUACACAUAAUAAAUUUUAUCGAAAUUCUUACUGACUUUGCAAAUGUCAUUCCAUUUCGAUGCAUUAAUAAUCUUAUGAAAUUUUUUCAAAAUAAUAAAAAUAUAUUUAUUGAAAAAUAUAAAGAAUUUCAAAAUUUUGUUAUUUUUAAUGAUCCUAUAAAAAUACAAUCAGUAGGGGCUAGACUUAUCGGUUUUAUCAAAAAUCUACAAAAAAAAAAUUAUCUCAAUAAAAAAGAUAAAUCAAAAAAUAUAUAUUUUCUUCAUUUAUUACUAUCAGAAUGUAUACCCAUCAAUCACCUAGGUUUCUGUAACAGACAAUCUGUAAAAAAUAAUAUCCAUUUCUUAUUUUAUGACUCUUUGCAACAACACCAUAAGAUCUUAAACGAUGAGUCCUUACGUUUUAGCGAUUUCGAGUGCACUAUCCAAGAAAAUAUCAAAAAUCAUAGAAAAAUCUCGGAACUCAUUCAACGAGAAAUUAAUUCUCAUUUUCACAUCACGUCGUCUCCCAUACAAUCAGUUGAAGCACCAACAGACGAGCUUCAGAAAAUGUCUGAUCAAAUGAGGGACAAGUCACAAAGCGAGGAACAGUUGCAGAAUUCUCGUUUGGAAGAACAGGAAGAGAUGCAAAACGAGAUGCUGGACAAGAUGCAAGACAAGAUCCAAAACGAGGUGCUGGACAAGAUGCAGGACAAGAUGCAGGACAAGAUGCAAGACGAAGCGUCGCGUAAAAAUGACCCGAAUUACAGAAUUGAUAAAAAAAAGGAAAAGAAAAAAUGCGAUGAUAGAAGCAAGUGCAUGCGCGAUGACACGAACAACGGAGCAUAUUUAGAUAAGAGUAAAAAUGAAAAUGAUGAAGAGGAAUCUACACAUCCUCAAACACAAGGAAGAGAAAAGAAAGCUUCCUUAAAUGAAAAAGAACCAAACGAAAAACGCAAGAGAGACGAAGGGAACCCAGAACUGCUUCACAAUACUGAAAGAAAAAAUAUAAAAAAAGCAAAACAUAAUAAAAUAUUUGAAAACAUAAAUGAAGAAAAUCAAAAUUACAAAGUUUAUUUAUCUUUUUUAUAUCUCAUAUCAUUUGUCAGAUGUCCAGAAAUGUGCACGCUGCAAAAUAUUACACCUUUGGAAGAUGCAUACCAUUCAUUCAACAUAUUUAUUGCACAUGUAAAAAAUUUAAAAAAAAUAUAUAUAAUCAAUUUAAAUACUAUUAAACAGUAUCUCUACAAUGCAGACAUUGAUUUCUUGGGCAAUAGACAUAUAUACAAUUUACUAAUUUCUGAUCAAAAUUUUUUAUGUGUCUUUUUUUUCAAUCUUCUUCUUAUUCUCAACUAUCUAAACAUUGAAUUAAAUAUUUUAACUUCCAACACAAUUAAUGGAGGUUCUCAAUCAUUAAAUGAUCAGAAAUCGAAUGAAUCAAAAAAUAAGGAUGCUAGCCGUUUUAAUACGUCUUCACAUAAUGUAGGAACCAAACCCACGAGCAUCUUUGUAUCUUCUACCCAUUCGACAGAUGCAGGAAAAUAUAACGAAGAUAAAAACUGCAAUAUUGCAUCUUCACGCAACUCCUCAAGGACUUAUACCAAAAAUUCAAAAGAAACAACAACACACAUGGCUAGUAACAACAGCAGUGUUAGUGUUAGCUGUAAAGGGAGAGAGAAUGAUCCAACUGUAGCUGGAACAAACAUUAGCGGAAAAACCUCCCAAAAUGCUUUAAAAGAAGGAAAGGAUUCUAACUCAUACGAAACAAAAAACAAAGAAAAAGAACACAAUGAUGGUGUCAGUGAAAAAAUAAAACACAUCAUGUAUUCUUUUAUAAAAGAUUUAAUAAACUAUCUAGAAAGUUCCACAAAUUCAAGACACUUGACACAUUUAUUCACAUCUGAGUACUGCUGGUAUAAUUGGAAAAAACAUCUCACAGCUAAACUUACGAGAGAAAAUUCAGAUGCAUAUUUUGAAUUCAAGUGUGUGGAAGACCAAAAAUCCAACAAAGAGGAGCAGGAGGAGAGGGAAAAAAAAAAAAAAAAAAAAAAAAGUGAACUCAAAACAUGUCAUGAUGAUAAUGAAAUAAUACUAGACGACAACUCAUCCUCUCCUGUACAAAAUCUAAUUCAACUAGUGCAAAAUUUUGAACUUUUGAAUGAAAAAAUGAAAAAUUAUUAUGAAUCCAAUAUAAAUAAUCCAAAUUUGAGAAAAAAUGCUUUUAAAUACACCAAAAACAUUGAUCCAUAUGUGAAUACCUGGGAUCAUGACAAAAAUCCAAUUGUUAAGGAUCAUGACAUACGCGCUGAUAUCCAUUCAGUUACACAAACAGGUGAAAACAACAGUAGUGAAAAAAGGACGACUGAAAUCUGUGGAUCAAAUGGAAAAAUUUCCACUGAUAGUUACACAGAUGAGCUAACAUAUGAACCCUUGGAUGAAUCCAUGGAUGAAUCAACAAAUCAGCAAACGAACGAUACAAAGACAUGCACACGAAACCUUAGUCACCUUGAUAAAGUGAACAACUUCUUAUUAGAAAUCAACAACAUUUAUUUAAGAAGAGAAGCGGAGUUUUGGGAAUUGGAUGAAAGUGAUUCUGUUACAAAAAUUAAGAAAAAAAAAAAUGAAAAAAAAAUCUUAAUAGAAAAACUUAUUGAUAAGCUAGAAGAUUAUAAAAAAAAAAUGCAUAUAGAUAAUGACCCAAUAAACGAAAUAGAAGAAAGUGAAAAAAGUAAAAACGAUCCAGUUUUCAAAUUUAGACUUGCAAAAUUAUUUAUUGUAAAAUAUAUUGAUCUCUACACUAUCGUUAAAGACAAGGAAUUUUCCACUGAUUGUGAUUUUCUUUACAAUUUGAUGAUACACAUGGAUAAAAAUCUCGAAAAGAAAAAAAAAAUUCUUCUCACUGGCCAGAACGGAGAAAAGGCAGAAAAGGAUGAAGUUGGAGAAGUGGGAGAAGUUGGAGAAGUGGGAGAAGCUGGAGAAGUUGGAGAAGUGGGAGAAGUUGGAGAAGUGGGAGAAGUUGGAGAAGUGGGAGAAGCUGGAGAAGUUGGAGAAGUGGGAGAAGUUGGAGAAGUGGGAGAAGUUGGAGAAGUGGGAGAAGCUGGAGAAGUUGGAGAAGUGGGAGAAGUUGGAGAAGUGGGAGAAGCUGGAGAAGUGAACGAAGAAGAGGCGAAUACGUAG